UUAUCUCGUUACCUACUUGCCGGUGAAGAAUCGUCAUGGACAGCGAUGAUGCUUGGAUAUCUACUUGUUUCCGUUGGGAAUCUGAUAUAUUGCUAUUCGUUCAGCUCACAAAUUCGUAUGUGGUCUAAUCACUUAGCUAUCGCUGUGUCUUUGUACCUUGUAAUUCUAUGUUAUCACUGCUUUGCCGACUUAGUGAUGUCUAUACCUUCUUUGGUGAUAGUUUUACUUCUUGCUUUGGCUUCUUCUUGCGUCACCAUCGUAGGAGCCGGAUCUGUAUGUCAGUACGGACAUGUUGGAGACUAUGACUCUAACCAGGCCUCAUACAUUCGUCUAGUUGGAGCAAUUUGUCAGACAGCAGGCAGCUCUCUGUUUGUUUACAACUUGUUUGGUGAAAGAUCCGACACUUUGCAAAUGAUAUCGAGAUUGUCAUUCUAUUUUGCUCAAGGUCUUCUUUUCUUCGCAAACGAAAGGACUUUCUAA